AUGUUUAAAGAAACUCUCCAACUUUCUUUGCCGAAUAAGGAUUAGCAAUUGCUAUUUACUUUUGGGGGGAGUUUAAAAGUAGAGAAUUCAAAUAUUGAAUUAAUCAAAUAAGGAACAAUAUUCUCGCUUUAUCCAGGCUAAGUAAUUUUAUAUAACAAGGAGAUGAAGAGAAUACCUUUAGAUUUUGAUUGUUGGCUGUAAAUUACUAAAUUUUAUGAAGAGAUAGACAAUUGUAAAUGUGUUACCGAUGUUGAUAUAACAAAGAAAAAUUUUCAUUUACUAUUUUUAGACCAAUAGACUAAUGUUUUGAAGAAUUUAAAUUGCAAUUCAUACGUACUUGCUGGAUGNGUCUUCACUCUCACCUUUGAUUAUAUAGAAAUUUAUAUUCAUAUGUACUCUAGAAAACCCGUAUCAACCUUUGCCCUAAAAUUAAAAAGCCUGAAAGGGUCAAAUAAGAAACCUAUGCAAUUGGAUAUACGUUAAAUUACCAGAUAAUAUUCGAUGGAAACAUUUGUUUAUAGUUUAGAUUCCGAGAAAAAUAAAUUUUAUAGCUACUAGAAUGAUCGAUGUGGUUGCUAAAAAUUCGACGUAUAAUAACAAUUUUCUUGGGAGUUAUGA